GAGUUUUUAUGAGAGCGAUCUACGCUUCUCGGUAGUCCGAUCACCGAUGGGCUGAGUUGAGACGGAUUUUGGUUUUCUUCGGUUAUCAAAGAGACGAUCGGGAGUUUCCUUUAACUCUAGAGCUUUGAUUAUAGGUUUGGUAUUGGGUUGUGGAGUUGUGGAGUCGUGGAGUAAGUAGGCUGUAAGGCGCUGUUUUGGAAGAGCAUCGACCAUGUCUUCGGUGCUCGGGGAAUUCCUUCUUGGGCGUGCUAUGAUGGUUCCUUCGGCGACCUCGUAUCAUAUUGGUUCUUGCUCUCAUCGUCUGAAACAUCUUGAAAAGUGGAAUAGGCGUGGUAAUUUGAGUUGAUAUUCGGCCUAAGAAUGCAUCUGUUGUUAUUCUAGGGCUUCUUGUUCUCCAUCUUCUACUGCUUCUUGUUCGUCUUUUCCGUUUCCUGAUCUGAACUUUGUAAAGGAACCAGAGUUAUAGACGUUAUAAAUUGAAGUAUCUCACUCCAUUCUUCUUUUCUUGUUUGGGUCGACGUGGUGGAGGAAGUUGGUCGCGAUCGUUGUCUUUUCUGUUAUUUGAUUGCAUCAGGUCCUUCUUUAGGAGCUCUUGGUACUUGAUUCUUAUCCAGUAUUUGAUAUCAUCUGGGUCGUGGGCUUGUCGUUAUACUUCUGUGUAUACUCUCCCAAGUUUCAAUUCUUCUCUCCUCAAUACAAGCUUGCGUGAUUUGCUGUUGUCUUUCCAGGACGCAAUAUCAUCAACAUCAAUGGAUUUGUCUGGUACUUGUGGUGUCUCUGAACUGGAGUGUAUUAAUAUUCAUGGCUUAAAGCAGUCAGAUGUAAAUCAUAAGCAAAAUGUUUCCACCGAUGGAGAUGACUCUGUGGCAGAUCUUGGUGAUGCACUUGCUGGGAUCUUACAUAUUCAAGAUGUUCAUGAAUCAUUGCCAGGACAAUUGGAAUCAUUAAACAGGGAUGAAACAUGUCAUCCAGAGGCUAAAAUGUGUAGAGAAUGGAUAGUUGAACUGGCUGAAUCUGUGACUGGGUCAAUUCAGAAAGGCUUGACAAAGUCUGCAACAUUUCCAUGCUCUAAGAAGGAUACAUCAGUUGAUGAGAAAACAGAGAUUCCUGGUAUUGGGUCUCAUGGACAGAGCUCUUCUGACUCGAGGCCAGCCUGCAUGAGAUCCAUAUCUCUACCAACUCUUUCGAAGCUUGUGUCUGCCAUGAAAGGUGGCCGUGAGAAGCAGGGAGCACCUCUGAGGAAGCUGACGGUGACAUGGGCUCCUGAUGUCUAUGAUCCACCAACUACUUCGCUAUCACACACAGUGAAAAGCUACAACCAUCAACGCUCAAGGACCACCAAGAAGAAUGGCAAGCACAAACACAAAGGCAAAUCUUCACGAGGGAGCACAAGUGACAAAAAGCAAUACAGAAGAAGUGUUUCCAACUCAGACCUGCGUUCAAAAUCGAUGGCCAGCAGCGAUAGGGUGCUUUUUGGUGAUUUUAAUCAGUCCAAUGUGGAGCGUGUGGACUUUGUCGCUGGCCAAGAUUCCAAUUGUGGUAGCAGCUUCCUGAGGACGUCGCUGACGAAGGUGCAUAUGUCAGUGGCGGAGGCUACAUGAAGGGAAACCUGAGA